AUGAACUGCAGCGAGAGUCAGCGUCUGCGGACCCUGCUGAGCCGCCUGCUGCUGGAGCUGCAUCACCGGGGCAACGCCAGUGGCUUGGGCGCCGGCCCCGGCCCGAGCAUGGGCAUGGGGGUCGUGCCCGACCCCUUCGUGGGCCGCGAGGUGACCAGCGCCAAGGGCGACGAUGCCUAUCUCUACAUCCUGCUCAUCAUGGUCUUCUACGCCUGCCUGGCCGGCGGCCUCAUCUUGGCCUACACCCGCUCCCGCAAGCUCGUCGAGGCCAAGGACGAGCAGUCCCAGGCCUGCGCUCAGCACGAGUGGCUCCCGGGAGAGGCCCCCGCCACCGCCGACGCCGAGACAGUGGCCGGCUCGCCCGCCGAGGGCCGCCGCCAGCUCGCCCCCUGCGGGCUGCCCGCUCCGGCCCUGGCCCGGGGCACCGAGGGGGUCUAG